AUGGAAAACGGCGCUUCAUUUCUCAAAUUCCUUACGUCGGACUUCGUCUCCCUUCAAGCUCUCAACUCCACGCGUGUGUUCAAGGUCCAUAAGGCACUUCUUGACGCCAAAUGCAAAGCUGUUGCUUCGGUUUUCAACAGUAAUCUCACUGAGAGACAAAAUGAGGUGUAUACUUUUUCUGAUACCUCCGAGGGGACUCUGUCACGAUUCCUCGAAUGGGCCUAUCGAGGGGACUAUACCGAGCCUGUGGUAGAGCAUAAAGACACGGCAUCUGACAAAAUCAAGGAAAGCCCUGCUAGCAAUCAGCUAGAGAGUCUUGGCUAUCCCCUAGUGGCUCAUAUGGCACUGUAUAUCUUCAGCGAGGUUUAUAUUGUUCCAAACCUGAAGGAACUUGUCUUUGCCAAGAUCAAAGCAGCCAUCGAAGUCAUAAACAAACCACGUACGGAGGAUGAUCAGCGUGGUGUUAUCUCUCUCUUAAAGCUUGCAUAUACGAUGAUUCCUGCCAACAAGCCCUCGGCAGAUCUUCAAGAGUGGUUGGCGCAUUAUGCCGCAUUCAGUUUGGAGGAGCUUCGCGGUCAGCCUUCAUUCAAUGACGUCCUCAGGCUUGGUCCAGAUUUGGCUUCGAAAAUACUAAGUAGAUCAAACCCAGCUGAUUCCCCUCCUUGGCCUAGAGGGUGGGGUGAGCAUAAACGAUUGAAUGGGGGUUGGCUUUGA